UCGGCCCGGCGUUCUGUAGUAUGAUUAUGAACUGAGAAUAUGAACAAGUCCAUUCAAACAAGUCCCCAAACCAUGUCUGUGAAUUCAGACUCUCCUGCAGCAAGUGAUAGAAAGCACUACAGUAAAAGAAGUUACGGAUAUAUCAGACCACCAAAUAUACAACGAGACAGUCAAUCCCAAGUUACACUAAAAGGUUGGCUUUUCAGGUUGGAAGGAGGAGCGUUGAGACAAUGGAGGAGAAGAUGGUUUGUCUUGACGGACUACUGCUUGUUUUAUUACAGAGAUUCUGAAGAAAACAAACUUCUUGGGUCAGUCAUUCUCCCCAGUUAUAGGAUUUCACCUUGCUCUGCUAAUGAUAAAAUAACAAGAAAAUAUGCCUUUAAGGCAGAACAUAGCAAUAUGAAAACAUACUUUUUUGCUGUUGAGUCUCGGGAGGUAAUGAUACAGUGGAUGAAUGCUCUUUGUCUGGCUACCAUCAUGCAGACGUUCACUCGAAGUCAUCACAGCACUGAUCAGCUGAGUGUACCACCUACACCAGGGUUGGAUGAAGAAGAUUCAGGAUUUGUGUCCUAUCAGUCUCGAAAGCAUCACGACCGAGAUGACCCACGAGCAACUUUGGACAGUAGCUUUGCCUCGGCUCAGUCAACACUGGAUUUUUCCAGAGACAUAGAUGGAAAUAUUGUUACCAACGAUGGUGCCAGUGAUAGUGGUUUUGUAAGUAGCCAUUACGGUAGUCAGUCAGGUAUUCCGUAUACCGUUUAUACCAGAGGAAGAACAGGGCAAAUUUAUUAUGCAGCUGCCCCACCAAAGCCAAAGCGACUUCAUGCCAGCUACACGAUACUUCCUCAAUGUGUCCCUGACCUGGUACCACCUCAGGAAAUAAAUCUUGGAAGGGGCAAGUUUGUGCCAUUACGUGAUUAUGAAAGUUUUUAUGAACUUGAAAAGAAUGAGAUAAGUUCUAGAAAGUAUGACAACUGGAAAGGUAAUUAUAAUAAUUGGACUUCAGAGGGUGGUAAAUAUCACCAACCACAACCUCAACUUUAUCUACCCAUGUCAGCAGCAUUGAAAAAGACCCCUGGGUCACAGUCUAGGCUACAGUCUGAGCGAGACUAUGAAAAUGCAGCUAUUUACAGAGAUUCUGUAGAGCCAGUUAGUAGCAUCCCUCGACAACCACCACUUAUAAGAAGACAUUCUGAUAUCUUUGGGGAUAGCAUGACAGGGUAUGAUCAACAGGUACAAGAAAUGCCAAUCACAAGUGGAGGUACCAACCAUCCUUCUGAAUCACAAACUAGAGUAGAAAAGUUUAAUCAGGACACGUACGAUAGAGAGGCCAGAGAUCCAGCAUGUGUCUAUGAUGUCUGUGAUAGUAGGAUUUUAGGAAACAUGGCAGGCAACACCUAUCAUAGGACUAAAACUGAAUCUAACUACCAAGCUAAUCCAAAUUUGAAGGGUCACCAGUACCAAAAUCAGGUUAUUGGAUCAUUGUAUCAAGGAAGUGGAAAUAACUCCGAACAGCAAGUUCUUAACAGGCAAGUACGUGAAGCAGACAACUCUCGAGGCAUUGUUUCUGCUCGUCCCGUAUUUAUCAAUGAAAAUAUCUAUGUGCCUUUUGAUGCCGACCAUAAAGAAUCAAGUGUUUCGGUAUCUCAGCAUGGCACUGGUAGCUCUAAUGGACAAGAAAGCCAAAGUAAAUAUCUGCAUGAAGAAUCUAUGAAAAGGCUUUUAGAAUGGAAAGAGAGAAUGCUGCUUUCUCCAGUAGCUAAAAGCAAUAACCUCGAAGAAACCAAAAAUGUUGAGCCAGCUGCAUCUAGUGGUUCUCCAGGAAUGCCACCUCCAAGACCUCCUCUUCCAGAAGAGUACUGUCAUGAAAUGCUCCAAAAUUUGGAACUACAUGAAAUACAGCAGACAUUGCAAGAACUACAGCUACAAAGUAAUGGGAUUAAGACAGCAGUGUCUCCAGCUCAAUUUCCAGCACCGAAGCUCGAUGAUAAUACUCUGGCUUCUGAUAUAACUCGUAAACCUAGAAGACUUUCAUAUGGUGAGGUAGAGCUUCAAAUUCAUCGUCACAUGAGAAAAGCCAUUGGAGGAAGACGAGACAAUGACAAAAGUCAGAAGUCAAGCAGGACACCUUACAGGUCAAAUGAACAUUACCGAUCAACAUCUGCGUUAAAUAGACUUGCUACUAGCUAUUCAUCCGAUGAUGAAGAAUCACCUUCAAGUUCAAGUAAUAUCCGAGGGAAUUAUAGGCCAAAGGUUCGGAGAGCCAGCUGGAGAGGCAAGAGCUCAAGUCACCACAAAGCUAUUGGAAGAGUGAGCAUGUCAGAUUCUGAACUACACGUUCAUCGGUCUUCAACGAUAUGCAGAUUAUUACAGUAUUCAUCAGGUCUCACUUCCAAACAUAAAAACAUCAGUGUUUCAGCCGGGGGGAUGUUGGAAAAAUCUCACGAAGAACUUGUUGUAUUCUUAAUUCAACUACGACAAAAUCAGAGACAAUUGUUCAAAGCACAACAACAGUGCCAUUUACAGCUGGCUAAAGAACAACGCUUAUUGCAAAUGAAUUCUCGUGAGAAUGAACAUAAAAGAAACUACAUGACGCUAUGUCAACAGAUAGAAAAACUGCAGGAAGAAGAGAAACACAUUCGUCCUCUGGUGAACUUGGUGGAAAACCUUGUGAAACUUGGAAGUUUGAAAAGUUCCACAGAAAGCAAUCCUGAAUCACCAUCUAGACUUGAUAGAGUUAGGAUACAGAAGUAUAUACCAUCUGAGAAAAUGUUGGAAUUUGCACACCAUUUGCAAGAGCGUCAAAGGUUGCGUGGUGAAAUAGAAAGUAUAGAAACGGCUUCUUUUGACCAUGAAGGACUUGAGGAAAAAUUGAGUCGUCUCUAUCAACUUAACUAUCUGGUUCAAGAAGAGUACUCACAAUUUGUCUCCAUUCAGAAGGAUGAA